CUGAAAAUUUUUGUGAAUGUGAUAUAAUAAAAAAACCUUCUCGCAAUGAACUUCAUAAUCUUUACAGUCUAGUUUAUAAUCCUAAAACAACAUCUUUAAAUCAAGAAUUAUUUCUUAGAAAAUAUAAUAGACUUUGUUUUACAUAUUUCAAAGAAGAUCCAGAUCUAGAAUAUUCUCCAACCGAUAAUGACCAUGAUGAUAAUUAUUCAAUAACCUCUGAUUUACCAAACAACAAUCUUGAUUCUUCAACUAAUCAACCAAAUAAUGAAAAUACAUUUGAUGCAUUUCAUUAUGAUCUUACUAAACAUACUUGUGAGCGUCUUAAAAAUAAGAAAAUUAAUAACUAUGAUCUUGAAAUUUUAUACAAGAUAAAUAGACGUGGCCAGCUGAUAGUAUUAGACGAUGAACAUGAUUUUGAUUCAUUUAUUACUGAGAGUAAAAAUCUAAGUUCAAAUAAAAUAAUGAAUACCAGAGAUGUAAUAGUAGAAGUCCUACCUUCCUACCCUGCAUUUGGAAUGGCUUAUGCUAUUAAAGUCAAUAAACAAUUAAAUAUUUCACAACCAAUAUUUUUAAUUUCUGAUUUAGUUCCAACUUUUUAUGAGUUUUUUGAAAAACUAAAUAAAGCUUAUAAUGAUAGUAACGAUGAUUAUUUAAAAUUAGAAGCAGUAUUUGCAAGAGAAAAACUAACUGUAAAUAGUAUUAAAAAUUUAAAUUACGAAUAUCUAAAGGAAGAACUAGAGGUUACAAAACGUGGAUAG